AUGGGGGCGCUGGAAGGGGCCAGUCUGUUGCUGCUGCUGCUGCUGCUGCGGGGGGCAGAGACAGCCUGGGAACCACCCAAGGGAAAGUGCCCCCCAAGUUGUUCCUGUACCAAAGAUAGCGCCCUGUGCAACGGCUCCCCCCGAGUGCCUGAAGGCUUCCCCCCUACCCUGCUGUCCCUGUCUUUGGUAAGAUCUGAAGUGACUCGACUUACCUCUGGCAGCUUCCUGGAAGUCCCCUCCCUGCACCUUCUGCUCUUCACAGCCAACAGCUUCUCUGUGAUUGGAGAUGAUGCCUUUGCCGGUCUCUCCUACCUCCGCUAUCUGUUCAUUGAGGACAAUCACAUUGGCUCCAUCUCCAAGAACGCCCUCAGGGGACUGAGAUCCCUCACACACCUGAGUUUGGCCAAUAAUCACCUACAGACUCUGCCCAAGUUCCUUUUCCGAGGAUUGGAGACCCUGAGCCACGUAGAUCUUCGGGGAAACCCAUUUCUCUGUGAUUGCCGCUUGCUGUGGCUGGUUGUGUGGCUGCCCCAAGUGAAUGCUAGUGUCGGGGCUGGAGCCUGUGCAGGGCCCCCUCCGUUAGCCAACACCCAGCUCCAGCACCUGGACCCAGAGACCUUCCACUGCAGGACUGUGGAACUCUCCUGGUUCCAGACCCUCGGGGAGCCGGCGCUCGGGGUGGAAACCUUCUGGUACCUGGGGGAGCCGCACGUGGUGCUGGCCCAGCCCUUUGAGGGGAGAUGCCUCUUUCUUAUCUGGGAUUACACGCUACAGCGCUUCCGGCCGGACGGCGAGAUCCCGGCCCCGUCGGUGGUGGCCUGCAAGCCCCUGGUGCUGGGCCCGCAGCUCUUCGUGCUGGUGGCCCGGCUCUGGGGUGGGGCCCAGCUGUGGUCCCGCCCGAGCCGGGGGCUGCGCCUGUCGCCGUCGCAGGCCCUGGCCCCGGCGCUGCUGCUCAAGCCCAACGACGCCGAGCUGCUGUGGCUGGACGGGGAGCCGUGCUUCGUGGUGGCCGAGGCGUCCAAGGGCGGCCGCACUGCCUUGCUCUGCCGCGACGGGUCGGCCCGCGGCUUUUACCCGCGCCAGAGCCUUCACGCCUGGCAUCGCGACACGGACGCUGAGCCCCUGGCCCUGGCCGGGGAACCGCACUUGCUGCUCGCCUCGGCCUCACAGCGGCCUGUGCUCUACCGCUGGCGCCAGGGACGCUUCACUCGGCGCACCGAUGUGCCCGAGGCCGAGGACGUCUACUCAGCCCGCCACUUCCUCGUGGCCGACCAGGUGCUGCUCUGCCUCACCCGCUACCUGGGCGACUCCAUGGUCAUGCGCUGGGAUGGUUCCAUGUUCCGUCAGCUGCAGGCUCUGCCAUCCCGAGGUUCCCUCAUCUUCCAGCCAUUGCUCAUCGCUGGGGACCAGCUAGUCCUCCUGGGGAGCGACUUCACCUAUACCCUGGUAUACCAGUAUGAAGCAGACACUGGCCUCCUGAAGCUGCUGCAGGAGCUGGGGCCCCCAGUGCCCUUGGCUCCCCGGGCCUUCUCCUUCGUCUCCGUGGCUGGCCGAAGGUUCCUCUUCACUGCCAACUUUAAGGGCCCCACCCAGGUCUACCAACAUCUCAUCCAGGACCUCAGUGCCUGAAUGGGAGGGGAUGGAGGACUCAUCUCCUCCUGUGUGCCUGGCAGGGCUGGGAAACUCUUGGGACUGACAGGCAGCACCUCACCAAGGAAAGAUCCCAGGGCUGGGAAGUCAGGAGAUUUAGAGUCUGUGGUUCUGGAUCUGCUGCAACUGAUCUAGUGGAUGAGUCCAUCGUCUUCUUUUGGCACGAGUUUCCUUUCUUGGAAAAAAAAAAAAACCAAGGGGAUCUGACUAGGUGGUCUUGACGGUCCCUUCCAGUUCUAGCAUCCUGUGAGUCUAUGAAAGUUGGGUGAGGAUGGAGCUGAGAAGAUGUUCCUUGGAGUCUGUGGAGCGUAAUAGAAAAUACCCUAUGUUUGAAGAAGUCUUGGGUUUCACUCAUCCAUAAAAUGGGUAGACGGCAGGAAGUUGGACCAGAUGACUUCUAAGGACACUUUCUUAUGACCCAGAAGUCUGAUGGAAACCAUCCCUGUCAGAACAAUCUUGGGUUCUGAGCUUGUGGCCCAGACAAGACCCCUAACCCUCCUGGCCACUGAGAGGACUUAAUCUCCUGAGAAACCACAUACUGAGUCCUGGAAACUGCUCUGGACAUGGUGGCAACUGGGUAGAGGUGCCAGGAGCCGGAGGAAAGGCAGUGAUAGACCGGUAUGGCUGACUCUGGCCUUGGAAUCAGGAGGGCUGGGUUUGAAUCCUGUUCCUGACACUAAACAAUGUGAUUAUGGGCAGGACGUUUAAUUGUUUUGUGCCUCAGUUUCCAGAUCUGUAAGAUGAGGAUUAUCCCAUUUGUGUUCCUUACCUCACAGGGGUGUUGUGAGGAAAGUGCUUUGUAAACCUUA